AAAAAAAAAAAAAAAUCCACAGAUGACUGCCGCGUUCUCCUGGCAAAAUCCGAUUUUUUUUUUCCUCUCUCACUAAUCCCUCGUCACAAUCUGCAUCCUGUGUGAGUCUGUGUGUGUGCUCUCUGGAUUGGCACAUUGUCUCCUGAGCCGGGACACCACUAAGGCGGCAGAGGCGGAGCGACAGCUAGAGGGGUGCCGGCAGCCGCGGGACAUCCGUGGGGAAAAGUUUGGACGCCGUUCUGACAAGCAUCCGUCAUGCCCUCGGCCAACGGACGAGCAUCCGUCAGACGAGCUCGGUGGCGCCGGUGUCACCCCGCCGCCGCUCAUGUUUGACCCUGUUUUUUGGGUUUUGUUUCCCCCCGACGUGGAUGGGCAGGUGUGGAAAAAUAAAAAUAAAGAAGACAAAAAAAAAAUGCGGCUUUGGUGGACUUUAACGUUUGGAUUUUGGAGCGUCUGCGGCGAGCUGCCCUUCAUCGCAGAGAACAACGCAGCAAUGCUGGUGAACUGGAACGCCGUUGAUGGCAACAAAAAGCUGCAUGCCAUCUACGAUACCAGCGUCAAAGAGCCUGGCAACAUGUCUUUCGUCAAAGACACAGUGGACAAACUUUUAAAAGGAUAUGACAUUCGUCUCAGGCCAGACUUUGGAGGUGCCCCUGUGGCUGUUGGCAUGAGCAUAGACGUGGCGAGCAUAGACAUGGUCUCCGAAGUGAAUAUGGACUACACGCUGACCAUGUACUUCCAGCAGUACUGGCGGGACAAGCGGCUGGCCUACUUGGGCAUCCCCCUCAACCUCACCCUGGAUAAUCGGGUGGCGGACCAGCUGUGGGUGCCCGACACCUACUUCCUCAAUGACAAGAAGUCCUUCGUGCACGGCGUCACCGUCAAGAACCGCAUGAUCCGGCUGCACCCGGACGGCACCGUCCUCUACGGCCUCAGAAUCACGACGACGGCCGCCUGCAUGAUGGACCUGAGGCGAUACCCGUUGGAUGAACAGAACUGUACACUGGAGAUUGAGAGCUACGGAUACACGACGGAUGACAUCGAGUUCUACUGGAAAGGAGGUGACACGGCCGUGACGGGGGUGACGCGCAUCGAGCUCCCGCAGUUCUCCAUCGUGGACUACAAGCUGGUUUCCAGGAACGUGGUCUUUUCCACUGGUGCCUACCCUCGUCUGUCUCUGAGCUUCAAGCUGAAGAGGAACAUCGGCUACUUCAUCCUGCAGACGUACAUGCCCUCCAUCCUGAUCACCAUCCUGUCCUGGGUCUCCUUCUGGAUCAACUACGACGCCUCGGCCGCCAGAGUCGCAUUAGGCAUCACCACGGUGCUGACCAUGACCACCAUCAACACGCACCUGAGGGAGACGCUGCCCAAGAUCCCGUACGUCAAGGCCAUCGACAUGUACCUGAUGGGCUGCUUCGUCUUCGUCUUCCUGGCCCUGUUGGAGUACGCCUUCGUCAACUACAUCUUCUUCGGGCGUGGCCCGCGCAUGCAGAAGAAGCUGGCCGAGCGGGCGCAGAAGGCCAACAACGACCGCGCCUCUUUUGACCGCCCCAAGGCCGACUGUCAGGGCAACAUCUUGCUGACAACACUGGAGAUCCGCAACGAGGUGGGCGUCCACACCGUCACCACCAGCAGCACCCGCAGCAGCACCACCAGCAGCCUGUACGAUGCCACGGCAAACUCCACCCCGGUCCCGCUGGACAACUCCUCCGGAGUGCAGUACAGGCGCGGCGGGCGGGCUGCGCGUCCCCCCGGCCCGGACGGGAGGAGGAGCCGCCUGAGAAGGCGAUCAUCGCAGUUGAAGAUUAAAAUCCCCGACCUGACGGACGUCAAUGCCAUUGACCGGUGGUCCCGCUUCAUCUUCCCCUUCUCCUUCUCCUUCUUUAACGUUGUCUACUGGCUCUACUACGUCAAUUAACGUGUGUGUGUGUGUGUGUAUGUGUGUGUGAGACGCUCGGACACGGGUCACGUUGCAGACGCGCGAGCACCCAUGUCAACGGCACGGCCGCCAGAUCGUCCUCGGCGUACAGUCGCUACGAUGCCACGUACAGUGGAGUCUCUAAGGUCAAACGCCACAUCAAAGUAAUGUUUUUCUCAUCGGAAAUGAUGUCAGGACAGCGACCAGUCCAGGGUGUAUCACACGUCUCUCGCCAAAAUUAAUCUAAGGUUAUUUAAGGUCUUUAAAUAGUACAAGGGGGUAAGUGCGAGUGGUCAUUUGUAUAUGUAUGCCCUGAGAUUGACUGCCGACCAAUCCAAGGUGUAUCACAUUUCUCUUGCCAUAAAUCAUUAGUUAUAAAUUAAUAAAUUGAUCCAUAAAACUAAAUUGCCCAUAGGUGUGAAUGUGACUGUCGUUUGUCUAUAUGUGCCCUGAGAAUAAUCGGUGACCACUCCAAGGUGCAUCGUGCUUCUUUUGCCAAAGUCAUCAGAUUCAAAAUGGUCUAAAUGUGAAUGGUCGUUCGUGCGAUUGGCCAAUGAUCAGUCCAGGACGUGUACCGCUUAACUUCUCAAAAGUCCUCUUUUUUAAAUUACAGGCUCCAAAAUGUCCAAAGGGUUGACUGUGAAUGGUUGUUUUUCAAUUGGCUGGUGACCAGUCUUGGGUGCACCCCACUUCUUUCGCCAAAAUUCAUCUCGGGUAUGGGCGUCGGGAGAGGUCGUUCACCAUUAGAGGUUCCACUGCAUUCUGCAACGCCGAAGUUAGCAUGGAUGCUAAGAUAAAUUUGGCGUGUGCGUCUUUGAUGUUUUUGUUUUUUUUUCCCCC